AUGGACGAGUCGAUGCUGUUGGAUCUGCUGGAGUGUCCCGUGUGCCUGGAGCGUCUGGACGCGUCGGCCAAGGUCCUGCCGUGUCAGCACACCUUCUGCCGACGCUGCCUGCAGGGUAUAGUGGGCUCCCGCGGUGAGCUGCGCUGCCCGGAGUGCCGCACGUUGGUGGAAUGCGCCGUGGACGAGCUGCCCAGCAACAUCCUGCUAGUGCGCCUGCUUGACGGCAUCAAACAGAGGCCGCGUCGGGCCGCGCCUGUUGCCGCCAAUGGCGCGGCCGGAGCAGCGGCUCGUCCGCACGCCGCCGGAAACCGCAACGAACAGGGGGUGCCCGGAGCGCAACCCCAGCGGGCUCAGGUGAAGAGCUCUCUUGUGCGGGGAGUCCCACAGCUGCCGUGCGCCAAGGCACUCUACAACUAUGACGGCAAGGAACCGGGCGACCUCAAGUUCAGCAAGGGCGACGUCAUCAUCCUGCGUCGACAAGUGGACGAGAACUGGUACCACGGCGAGAUGGGCGGCGUGCACGGCUUCUUCCCCACUAACUUUGUGCAAAUCAUCAAGCCGCUGCCGCAGCCGCCCCCACAAUGCAAGGCGCUCUACGACUUUGAGCUCAAGGACAAGGAGGCCGACAAGGACUGCCUGCCGUUUGCCAAGGAUGACAUUCUGACUGUGAUCCGCCGGGUGGACGAGAACUGGGCAGAGGGAAUGCUGGGAGAUAAAAUUGGAAUUUUCCCCAUCUCAUACGUUGAGUUCAACUCGGCAGCCAGGCAACUCAUCGAGUCGGACAAGCCCUCCGAUUCCAACGGCGAAUCGGGCGAGGGGGCUUCCUCGGGUCCCCAGAGCAACGGCGGGCAACGGGACAAGAAGAAUAGCAAAAAACGACAUUCCUUUACCUCCCUCACCAUGUCCCACAAGCCCAUGCUGGCUCCGCCCCCGCAGCGCCACUCCAUGGAGAUCAGCGGCCCGGUUCUCAUCAGCUCCAGUAACCCCACCGCCGCCGCCCGCAUCGGCGAGAUCACAGGGGGGCUGUCCUGCAGCGCACCUUCACAGGUACACAUUUGCACAACCGGACUAAUCGUGACGCCGCCCCCUAGCAGCCCCGUCACCACGGCGACGGUUUUCACGUUUCCUCCAGAGACCAACUACACACCCAUUCCACUGGAUGCGCUCCCGCCGCCGCCUCCUCCUCCGCCGCAGUCGUCCGCCGGAGGCGCCGGGUACUCAUCGGCGGCGGGGCAGAGGCCCUCCCCCAACGUUGGCGACCAGGGUGGCAGACAAAGACCUACAGUCUAUGUGGCCAUGUUCCCCUACGCACCCCGCAAGGAAGACGAGUUGGAGCUGAGGAAGGGCGAGAUGUUCCUGGUGCUGGAGCGAUGUCAGGACGGAUGGUUCAAGGGCACCUCCAUGCACACCGGCAAGAUCGGAGUCUUCCCGGGGAACUACAUGAGUCCGGUCAGCAGGACUGCAUCGGGGAACGGCCAAGCCAAGGUGGCCAUGAGUCUAUGCACGCAGGCGGGCAGAGGCAUCACCAUCGUCAGCCCCUCGUCCGGCCAUCACGGAGCCGUAGCGGCGGGCCCCGACUCGGCCAAACAUCCCGCCGCCGUUCAGCCCGCGGCGGCUCCAGUCACGACGGCUCAGACGGCCACGGGCCAGCAGCCCAAAGCGCCGUUACACGUCAGCUCGCAGAUGACCGUCAAUCAAGCUCGCAACGCCGUCAGGACAGCCGCCUGUCACGGCCAGGAACGACCUACGGCGGCUAUCCCGCCCGUCCACUUGGGCGCCUGCCCGCAGCCGUCCGCCGGCCCCGCUCAGGGAUGCGCUCGGGCGGCCGCGGCAUUGGGGUGUGCCGCCGCCUCACUCACCCCGCCCAAUGUUAGCGCCGCCUCCUUGGAGGGCGAAGGUUUGAGGCCUGUGCCCAUCCUGACAGGGAACGGCGCUGCUCUCAACGCCGCCGCCACCAGCGCCGCCCUGGCGAGCCGCCUGGACAAAGACAUCAAGAGAGAAAAGAAAAGUCUCCUGAAGCUGCUGUCCAAUAAGAAGAAGCCCCGUCAGUCGCCGCCUUCCUCGCCCACACUGGAAGCGGAGCAAGCCGCCGUCGGAGAGUCGGUCCAAGGUGCGGCGGGCCCCGAGGCCUCCCCUCCUUCCGGCCCGGAUCCCGACGCCGCCGUGCCUUCCUCGUCGUCGUCGUCGGACCCCUCCUCCAAUCGGAGGAACGCCGCCCCGGACGGAAACGCUCCUAUUGCUCCGCCUCCUCGCCAGCCUUGCUCUUCGCUGUCAUCAUUGCAGCACGACGCCAGGCCUAUCAUCUGCGAGAGGUACCGCGUGGUGGUGUCGUAUCCACCGCAGAGCGAGGCGGAGCUAGAGCUGAAGGAGGGUGACGUGGUGUUCGUGCACCGUAAACGCGAGGACGGCUGGUUCAAAGGCACGCUGCAGCGCAACGGCCGCACAGGACUCUUCCCCGGCAGCUUCGUGGACAGCAUCUAA